GAUUCAAAGAUUGAAUUCUGAAGGUUUCGUCAAUGGGCAUCCGAUUCGCCACAGUUUCCCGAGAAUCGCUGCUUCGUGGACUAUGACAAUGAGAGAUCCUAAAAACUUCAGUAGCGGAAUGAAGAAUACCAUGGAAGACCUGUCAAUGCAGCUUUCAAUUUCAACGCCACCCGCUCAUAAGGUGGAAACUCUAAGGUCUGGCGAUCUCCGUUUCGAUCGAUUGCAACCCUCGGAUCAUGAAUUGGUUGGAGAGAAGAUUCUUGAGUUUGGCCAAUUUGUUGCUCGAGAUGCCGUGCUUGAUGAAGAGUAUUGGACAGCAGCCUGGUUAAGGGCAGAAAGUCACUGUGAGAAUCCAACGCUUGCGCGCCAUGACAUCCGACACAUUCAUAAUUACAAAAUGAGAUUUGCAGACCAGGAAUUUAAUGCACUAAAGAAGCGGUGCCAAAUGCAAAAUGAGCAGAAAUGCACAUGCAUUAUUGCGGUGAAGAAGGAGCAUAAGAAUGUAAAACGCCCGAUAUUGAAGAGCGUCGUAGGAACGCUUGAUUUGAAUAUCCGAUAUUUGCUGCGGGGAGAGACUUUUCCCGGGGAACGGGUUAAGGCUCCUCGAUUUUGCAGCAUCGACAGAACAGCACCGAGCAGAUAUGGCUACAUUGCAAACGUAUGUGUUGCGAAAUCAGCUCGUCGUCAGGGCAUUGCAAGCAACAUGUUGUACUAUGCUGUUGCAUCAGCAAAAACUAAUGGUGUGGAACAAGUAUUCGUUCACGUGGACAGAAAUAACACAACUGCACAGAAUUUGUACCAAAAGAUAGGCUUUGAGAUGGUUGUUAUGGCAAAUUCUCAAUUAUCGAAGGAACAACUAUUCUUGCUUCGUCUACAGACAUAAAUACUCUGCAUUAUUUUGUUUCUGAACAACUGUAAAGUUCAAACGGCUGUACCUCCUCUCUCUCCGCACUUGUUGGGAGGUAUAGCGCUAUAGUCUGUAUUGUAAUUUAGGUUUUCAUUUCUUUUUUCUCCAUUGUAAAGGAAAAUGGUUUGUCAGUCUGUAUUCUUCCUGAAUCAAGUUUCAGAAAGACCAAACAAGUGUAUGCUUUCACAGGUUCAAGAAAGCAACGAGUGUCACGCUCGGGAUGAAUCUCCAGAGAAGAACAAAAACAUAUAUUGCAACCCCAAUAGUAAUCAGAACCCUAGUGCUUA